CAUCGGCUAUAUCGUCGAAUAAUAUUAAACCCGUGGCCGCGUUUCCGCGUUUCCACGUGUUACUCGCGUGUCCGUCUGCGCCGGACCCGGCCGCCAUUGGCCCGUUGCGUUCCGCGGCAACCUGUAUUAUCGAUCGAACGCGUAUUGCGCACGUUGCCGCAGUUACUCGUGCCCACCGGAAACUGCCACUGUUCGCGUCCUACGGCGUUUCGUCGGUUUUCCCGUUUCGCCGUUGAAAAUCUCUGUUUCCGUGCUGAUUCGCUCGAAGAAUCGGCUACCAGUAGCCGAUCCGUUGGGUCUAGGAUGAUCCAGGCUCGAAGAGGCUGCCCCUGCGCGCACGUUGCCCGUCGUACAACACGUACCUCCGCCAUUGUCCCGCUUCGAAACCAACACACGUCACGCGCAUCGGUGCGAAGACUCGCUAUCCGAUCGUCCCGGUUUUCCGGCGCGAGGAAAGGUGAUAGGUCAACAGCUGAUGGACCGGCCGGUUCGUGUAUUUUCUCGGGGAUUGCGUGGAUCGCGGUGUAACGGCCGAUUCAAGUUGGUUUCCGGAUCCUCGAUCGAUGUCGGCGCUGUUUUAUCGAUGCUGCGUGCUCCGGAUUUGAAAACGUCGCGGCGCGAAACAGGGAACAGUGGUUCGCUGAACCGUGGAAAUGACUAUCGCGUAGCGGGAAAGUGUCAUCGCCGCGAAUGAAUCUCUGUGUUUGUUUCGAACGAGGAUCGUUCGGUUCGGUGAUGGAAUUUUGUUACUUUGCGCUGUGUUGUUCGUGAAUAUUCGUGAGAUUAUGGUGUUGCCUCCGUCCACUAGUGCUAGCACAUGGAAAGCCACUGCGAAAUCUCGGCAUCCGCAUCUUGAAAGGAAACGGACGAGAGAGGGUAGAAUGAGGAGAUUCGCCCGGUGACCUCGUGCCACGCGCGGUAAUGCUACUGGCAAGCGGUGCUUCGAUACCGACCAUCGCCGGUACCGUCGAGGAGGAGGAAGAAUACGCGCGCAGCGAGGCGAACAGCGCUCACUACGAUGGCUACGUUACCGAUCAUACGGAUCUCGCGUCCGAAAUCGAUAUCGACGAGUCCGAGUACAGGCGGGAGCUUCUCAACGACAAAUGGCGAAUGCUGUUCGAUAAGUUUGAUCCGGAGGGUUUUGGCGAGAUACCAGUGGAAGAUUUUUUGGCGGCUCUGAAAAGUCCUGAAUGGAAAGCCGAGAUACCGGCGAAUAAACGAGAUAUUCUCCUCACCAGGGCAAAGGAGUCGCGUGUUCAAGCGGUGACGUUCCAGGAUUUCGUCAAUGUGAUGAGCGGCAAACGUACCAGAAGCUUCAAGUGCGCGGUUCACCAUCGUGACCGUGAGGUGUGCUCGGAGAACGAUUUUCAUCUGCUCGUGCAGGAGCCUCCGCUCUUCCGCAGGAUGGUCCGCAUGAUCGGCGACGAAUUCCUGACGGAGGAAAGGGACCGGAAGUACUACGCCGAUCACUACACUUGUUGCCCGCCGCCUCUCUUCAUCAUCCUUAUCACCCUCGUGGAGCUGGGUUUCUUCACGUAUUACACGGUGGCGAUGGGAGAGGUGAAUCCUUCGGGUCCGGUACCAAUCGAUAGUGUCUUCAUUUAUAGACCAGACAAACGUCUCGAACUCUGGAGGUUCGCGUUCUAUAUGUUCCUUCAUGCUGGGUGGCUUCACCUGCUGUUUAACCUGGGAGUGCAGGUGGUCGUGGGACUUCCCCUGGAAAUGGUUCACGGAAGCCUCAGGAUCGCGGCGGUCUACAUGGCUGGUGUCCUAGCCGGCUCCCUGGGCACUUCGGUGUUCGACACGGACGUCUACCUCGUUGGCGCCAGCGGGGGCGUUUACGCCCUACUCGCGGCUCAUCUCGCCAACGUCCUCCUCAACUACAACAACAUGGAGUUCGGCAUCGUUCGGUUAAUAGGCAUCUUCGUGAUAGCGAGCGCGGACGUUGGAUUCGCCAUCUACGACAGGUACGCGGCAGAGCAAAUGGGCCCGCCGGUCUCGUACGUGGCGCAUCUGACCGGCGCGUUGGCAGGCCUGACGAUCGGUCUGCUGGUGCUGAAGAACUUCGAGCAGCGUCUCCACGAGCAGCUGCUCUGGUGGGUGGCGCUCGGCGUGUACGCGGCCUGCACGAUCUUCGCGAUCAUGUACAACCUGAUGCACCCGGACUACCCAUGACGUGAGGUCAGCUUCGCGUACGGCCAGCCGCGGCGGACGUAACGCGAAGCUGAACACCGGCGAGCUACGAGGAACAAAGAGAAAUCAUGCGAGGCCCGGUGAACGAACGAAAAAUGUUCCCAAAAGCAGCAAAAGAAACAACACAGAAGAGCACGAUCGAACGCCCCGACGAAACCGGCGGAGGCGUGUUCCUUCUUUUCCGCCGCGGCGAACGAGGACGAUCGAUCCGACGCGACCGGACCACCGGAACGUCCAAUCCCCGGGGGAGGAUGAUCAUCCGACGAAUUCUUCCGAGUGGCCGUCGCAGCCCUUGGCAAACAAGAAACCCGUAACGCCGGAGAAUAUGGAAAUCCGCGGGUCCCCGGGUCGUUCGCUCCAGCACGGGAAUAAUUCAAUCCGUUCCCGACGCGGAAUCGCAAAAACACACCGCGGAGGAUCGAUCAGAUCGCCCCGAUGCCAGGGGAUCCUCCAAGACGGUCGCCUGGCAAGAAGCGGAACGAAGGAGAGCUAGGUUGAUUAAGACCCGAGGCGGGAAGAGGGCCGUUCCAUCCAUGGCAUUCUCUACUUUUCCCGGUGAGAAAACCAAAGAUUCGAGACAUAUACCUCUGGGCAGUCCCGCGGCGAACGAUAAGACGGCGGGCAGCAGCUCGCCUGGCCGCGGUGCAGAGGAAACCAAAGAAUCGCGUCGAACCGACGUCUCGAAGAGCCGAGGCUGGGCCAGCCUUUUAGGGACCGCUCGCGCUGGAACCGACUGAGCUACCCGAUCGCCUGAUACGUAUUUUCUUAUUGUACAUGUUAGUAAAUUGCUUUCGAAUUUUCUCGGGGGAACGUGUGUACCUUUCCAAGAACGGCCGAUGGAUUGUCCAGAGGUUCCAGUGUUAGCGUACAGAGGAUAACUUGGAGACGUCUCGAAGAGCGAAGACAAGGGCAGCCUUUCGAUCGCUGAUGCUGGAACCACCGAGCAACCGAGUCGCCCCGCGUAUUUUCUUAUUGUACACGUUAGUGAAUUGCUUUCGAAUUUUCUCGGAGAAGCGUGUGUACCUUUCGAAGAACGGCUGAUAGGGUGUGUCCAGUGGUUCCAGCGUUGCGCGUCGGAUAGAGGAUGAAGCGGACGGAGGAUAACUCGGUGACGUCUUCGGCAGCUUCAGGACGGUUCGGGACACCACCUGGACCAGCGUGAUCGUCGUCGUCGCUUUGGAUCCUCUCGGCGAUCGGUCUAACCUGUAUACCACUAACGCUGUAAAUAACGUUGUACAUAGUCGGAGAUGAUGACGGACGCGGGCCUGUGUGUUUCUCUGUGUGCCUGCGAACGAAGAGCGAGUGUGGAACGCGAUCCGGGUGUCGAAUCCCAGCGAUCUAGUCUGAAACGAUCGCGGCGCUGCGUCUGCAGGGCGAAGGAGAAUUAUCUCGAAGCGAACGCUCCGCGGGUUGGCCGGAUCUCCGACGGAUCCGACCGAUUCUUUUCGAAACGAGGGUGGUUCGGAAACACUGCGGCCUAAUUCACAGCUUUUGGUUCCGGGGUACCCUUCUCGAUCGUGCUGCGAGCGUACUUUUUUAUUACUCUCUUGUAGAUCGGACCGCGUUUCGAACUGCCUUCGCGAACGGGUUUGAAGAUACGUUGUUUAAGAUUAUUCGAAGAUUGUAAACGUUUGAUGAUUUACGAGACGAGAACACUGCGAAGGAGCUGAUUCCCGCGGAGCGUUUCGAGGAGCGAUUCGCGUGACGAGAGAAAGAUAGAGAGAGUGUGUGUGUUUAUAAGAUGGCCGCGCGCGUGUCGCGCUCGCCAUUUUCCCUGUCCCGCGUGCGUUGUUUAACUUAUUUGCGAUUCCUGUUGAACGCCGCGACCUCCUAGCGCCACGUCGUCGCGAAGCUCAUAUUCUAUUUAUUGAUAGUCCUUUUCCGUUGGUCGGCCGUUACCGACCACGCCGAUUUCUCGUCGAUCUCCUCGAGUCCGCUCGGCGAAUUCCGUCUUCUUUCUCUUGUCCUCAGCUUUCCUACGGGCCGCGGAUCGGAGCCGAGCGUCUCGCGGCAAAUUUUAGUACAGCGGAGUCUCGUUUAGCGGCAGUUAGCAAUGAUUGUUGCACGACGAUCGUUUUCGGAUAUUUUCGAGAGACUCCGCUGUGUUGGGUAGUAACAUGAUUGUUCGGGUAAAAUAAUUAAGUUUGAUAAGUACGAUCGUGUUCUAAUCCUAAGAAUUUCAUUACGACUCGUUAAGACUUAUCGUUUAUUUAAAUUAUUUAUACGAAUAGCUCUAUUGUUUCGUGGAUUGAGUAGCGUAAAAGAAUGAUUUAAGGGGUGUUUAUGUUACGACCCAAUUAAUCGGCGAAAAUCGAUUCGGCACCCGAUCGCGGAUCACCUUUUAUAAUAGUAUUUUCGUCGUUCGAUCCUCGAACGCGGACACAACAGUGCUUUCCUUUCGAUUCCAGCGCCGGCGACCGAUUUCCGGACCGUCGCGUCUUUUCCGCUCGCCAAACGCCGACAAUUUUGACAACAGUGAUUUUUGCAAAACACCGACGCUUUUUGGUACGAAUCUUUCGCAUUCGAGAGACCCUCCUCUUCGGAAGAUCUAUGGCAUCUACUUUCGUGAUACGCGCACAGCAAAAUCAGCGUUUCUUAGUUUCCCAAAUCAGAAAUGAAAAUGAAUUCCUUAGUUUUUAAAAAUCUCUCUGCCAUCUCGAAGGAUCACUUGAUCCUUCAGACUUCGUUUGAUCGUUGAGAAUGACGUCUCUCAAAUUACUCGUACCAAAGAGCGACAGUAUUUCCAAAAAAUCCUCGCAUUCCAAUCGGAAACAUCUCCAGCGGUUCGUUCGCAAGCAGUGCAUCAAAUCUGCAAUUCAGUUUCCUAAGUUUCCAUAGAAAAUUUUUAAAAUCUGAAAAUUCCUUUCGGCAAAAGAGAUAACCUACAUCGAAGCAGAACAGCUUUCGUCGUAGUAGCUUUAACGCUUUCACGGCCUGGAAUAUUAUAUUCAAAAGUGACUUACGGGUGAGAGUCGUAUCCAAAAGGAAAUUGUUCCUAAGGUUCCGCCAUCAUUGGAGUUGGCUUGAUCGGGGAUUAAAGACAGUAACACUGGUGUAUGCCUAGAAAGACUGUCUUUAUAUACUAGUUCAUGUUCCGGAUCAGUAAUUAUCAGUAGUUCUUAAUUGGUCAGCUGAACAACUGCAAUGAUGGCGAAACGUUGUGACACGGCUCUCGCCCGAAAGCAACUUUUCGAUGUAGCUUCCGUCAUGUUCGACAAGAUGGCGGGCGAGCCGCGACGAUCCCCUUACUUUCGUCGUGCCUUACGUUUCACUGCCGGCAGAGGGGCCAGCGGAAAACGCGAGGAUUCCCGGAGCGUUCGUUCCUCCGAUGGUCCUCCGCGUUCCGUGCGAGUGAGGAUCGCCCUCUGUCCCUCCUGGAGGCGAGGGAGCAGCGCGAGAAGUUUGGUACCAAAGAGAGUCGAAGGCGAAACGAGCGAGCGAGUUGAAACCGAGAGUGAUUCACGAUGCUAGUCAAUUAGUAGCGGCAUGGGGCAGCUAAAGCGCGAAGACAUUGCCGCGGAGGAACGCUGUUUCCCCGAUUAUCUUUCUUCAGCCGCGCCGCCCGAUACCCUAACGGGCCGAAUCAAAAGUCUGUCGCACGUCCACGAGAUUCCCAGCGCGUUUCCUCAAUCGUUCCUUUCUUUUUCGCCUGUUUCUUCUUCGUCUUUUCGCUCGCGGACUGCUUUAUCGUCGCGACGAAUCUUCGGCGUUCCUUUUCUUUCCCUCGGCCUGAUACAGUCGCUGAACUACUUUCGAUUCCCGGUCUUAUCGGAGUCCUCCCUUCUUGAACCGACCCGUUUCAAGAAUUUCAAACAGCUUCGCUGUUGCCGCAGUGCUCCUACCGGGUGGGCUGAAAGCAAUCGAUUCCGUUUUCGAAAUUUCACUUGUAGAACGUUAGAUGUUACCUAUAAUCUUCCUUGAAUCGAACCUUCGCUUUGCUCGUGAGAUUCAGUUGCAAAACGGGCGUCAUUCUCGAGAGUUCGAUGUAAUUCGAAGUAGUUCAAUCGAAGGGAAGGAGACGCUGAAGACUCGACAAGUCAGUUCCACGUGAGAUCCGUUAAUAAAAGUAAUAUAUUUAUUCGAUUCGCAAUCGCUUAGCUUCCAAGAUGGCGUCUCUGCCAGAGAACGCCCGCCGGAAUCGAACGUCCAGCAGAAGUUUCCUUGUCCCGUAUUCGAUUGAUCCAGGGAGGAGUUGAUCGAAGAGGAAAUCGCUCAGCUAGCGAUCCGACGAUCGUCGACUGUAUAGAGAAUUUCGAUCCUCGGUCACAUUUGUUCGCAAGGAAAUCGCGUUCACUGUCGCCGGAGAAUCAUUCUGACAAUCUACGAGCGAUCAAGCUUCAGAUCAAGCUCGAAGCUCGGUUCUUCUCGUUUCCCUUCCUUGCGAUCGAUUUCAAAGACGAAGAACAGGUACUCCCACACCUUUUACUCGCGUCCUUCCCUCUUUUAUCGAACCGCGAUACGCGAACGUUAAUUUAACGAUUAAUCCGGUGUUGCUCGCGGCGAUUGUUAACGCUGGAACCACCGGCCAGUCAAAUCGAUUUUCGAAAUUCCUCUGUGGAAACUCCAAAAGUGGAUCUAUCGAGACUCGAAUCGAUCCACGAUUUCAGUUUGCGUGUUGCUAAAUCAGUUCCUUUAACGAUUUCUCGAAGCAUUUACGUUUUUUUCGAUAAUUCCGAACAGAGGGAAUCGGGAAUUGUUUUGAUCUGUCCGGUGGUUCCAGGGUUAAGUGUUAUUACCGUUAUUAUUGUAUUAAUAAUAUUCCACUUUUAAUUCCUGCCGUACUCGGGCAUCGUUUCUAGUUCUGUCGAAGUUUUAGAUGGCACAGAAUCAACGAGAAACGCGAAAUUCUGCGAGUCGCUUUUAAAUGUGCUCAUGGAAACGCGCGUCGCUGUUUUAAUCGGGUUUUUAACGAAUUAUGGAAACCACGAGCGCGAAGAUGAAUUCGAUUGAACGAUGGCUGUAGGUUAAACAUCGACGAAAAAUCAUCGGAUAAUUAAAUCGCUCGUUAGUCAAACCAAUUAACACCACUUUCGGAAUUUCCCUAAAAUUUCACCAUUAAAUCUCUUCAUCGGCUCUGAACUCGUUAUAUUUCAAGUAAAUCUCAUUAUGACUCGUCAUUAUACCGCAAAAUAAUAAAAACUCUUUUGCCCAAGCGGACGUUCCAAUAACAUUAAAAAUCACUUCAAAGGUACACCAUUUUAAAGUAAAAUACAUUCUGCAAACGUCAUUUAACGUCGCAUUUGACGAGAAACAUUCAAAAUAUAAAACCGUCGCGUCCUUCUCCGUUGUUUAUUUUCAGCCAAUCGGUUUGUCCAACGAGUGGUUCAAUUUCCAAUUUCGCGGGAACACGAUCUCUCAACGAUUUUUCGCGAAGACCGUCGAUGAAUCGUUUCGAUCUACUCGCCAGCCAUCGCGAAACGAUCGGAGAAUCUUCGCGCUCGUCGAUCAGCGAAGCGUCAGGUUUCCCGUGAAAUUUCCGUGAGAGGAUCGAAGGGUUCUUUGUGUAAAUAGCUAUUCCAGUGUUUUAAUUGAUCGCGCUUCGUUUCUCGAGGAAGAACGCGGAGGUCGAAUCGAGGAUUUCAGACCCGAGACUCGUUCGGUGAUGUUCGACGAGACGUC